GUCGGCGAGAGGACUUAGAGCCGGAUCAAGGGCAAAGACGAAUUGUUUUUAUUAUUGAUCAAGACAGGGUGCAGCGGCGCCGGUAGUUCCAGUGCUCCCGCUCGAGGGACGGUUUAGUUACCGUUAACGAAUCUGAUCGUGCAGCUGGCGGUGCCAUCAUGGCGGCGGCGGUGGUGAGAGAGCGGGGUCUCCAGUGGGCCCGGAGAAGCUGCAGGCAGCAAUGGCUUUGUGCACCGGCCUUCUUAAGAAACGCUUCAACAGGCACUUGCAGAAUCGAGAAAAUUCUUAUUGCGAAUCGGGGUGAGAUUGCCUGCAGGGUAAUGAGGACAGCAAAGAAGUUGGGUGUUCGUUCUGUCGCUGUGUACAGUGAAGCAGACAAAAAUUCCAUGCAUGUCACAAUGGCUGACGAAGCUUACCACAUAGGACCAGCAGCCUCUCAGCAGAGCUACCUAAAUGUGGAAAAGAUAAUCCAGGUAGCUAAAACAGCAGCUGCCCAGGCCAUCCAUCCAGGCUAUGGAUUCCUUUCAGAGAAUACAGAGUUUGCAGAACGAUGUAAAAAGGAGGGCAUCAUUUUUAUUGGACCACCUUCUUCAGCCAUUCGAGAUAUGGGCAUCAAGAGCACUUCGAAGGCCAUAAUGUCAGCUGCUGGGGUGCCUGUCAUUAAAGGUUACCAUGGUGAUGAACAAUCUGAUCAACAUUUAAAAGCGGAAGCCAGUAGAAUUGGUUAUCCUGUGAUGAUAAAAGCAGUUCGAGGUGGAGGUGGCAAGGGUAUGCGUAUUGCUCAAACAGAGGCUGAUUUCAUCGAACAGUUGGAAUCUGCACGUAGAGAAGCAAGGAAGUCCUUUGAUGAUGAUGUUAUGCUGAUAGAAAAGUUUGUUGACAACCCAAGGCAUGUAGAAGUACAAGUGUUUGGAGACCAGUACGGCAAUGCUGUCUAUUUGUUUGAGAGAGACUGCAGUGUACAAAGAAGACAUCAAAAAAUUAUUGAAGAAGCACCUGGGCCUGGAAUUAGCCCUGAUGUGAGGAGAAGACUUGGUGAAGCUGCUGUCCAAGCUGCUAAAGCUGUCAAUUAUGUCGGAGCUGGGACAGUAGAAUUUAUCAUGGACUCUCAGCAUAAUUUUUAUUUCAUGGAAAUGAACACAAGAUUACAAGUGGAGCACCCAGUCACUGAGAUGAUAACAGGAACUGAUCUUGUUGAAUGGCAACUUCGGGUUGCAGCUGGAGAGGAACUUCCUGUGACACAGAAAGAACUCUCCGUCAAAGGUCAUGCAUUUGAAGCAAGAAUUUAUGCAGAAGAUCCAAGUAAUAACUUUAUGCCAGGUGCCGGGCCUUUAAUCCAUCUGUCAACACCUGUACCAAAUGCUUUUACAAGAAUUGAAACUGGAGUCAAGCAAGGUGACGAAGUCUCUGUACACUAUGAUCCAAUGAUUGCCAAGCUGGUGGUUUGGGGCGAUGACCGUACAGUGGCACUAAAUAGAUUAAAAUAUUGCUUGCAUCAGUACAAUAUUGUAGGCUUAAAUACCAACAUAGAUUUCUUACUCUGCCUUGCUGCUCAUCCUGAAUUUGAAGCUGGAAAUGUGCACACAGACUUUAUCCCUCAACACUAUGAUGCACUGUUCCCAACAAAGAAAGCAACUAGUAAAGAUGUCCUGUGCCAGGCAGCACUUGCUUUAAUACUGCAUGAAAGAAUUCAGACUGACAAGUUUAAGGCAUUUUCACAUGAUCCAUUUUCACCAUUUGCAAACAAUAGUGGGAGACGAUUGAAUAUUCUGUACAGCAGGAAUCUUGUGUUGCUUGAUGGGCAGAACAAGGUCAAUAUUGAUGUGACAUAUAACCGUGAUGGAACUUACAGUAUGAAGGUUGAUGGAGAGAUAUUCCAUGUAUUUGGAGAACUGGAUAAGGAGGAUGAAGCGACAUAUCUGAAAUGUUCAGUCAAUGGAAUUGUUUCCAAGCCUAAAAUAGUUCUUACAAACAACACUAUUCACCUGUUUUCAAUGGAAGAAGCUGUGCAAAUUAACACCCCUGUGCCAAAGUAUUUAGUUGGAAUUGAUGCCUCUGGAUCUCAGGGAGGAGCAGUUGCACCAAUGACUGGAACUAUUGAAAAGGUAUUUGUUAAGGAAGGUGAUCAUGUCAAGGCUGGAGACGCACUAAUGGUGAUGAUAGCUAUGAAAAUGGAGCAUACAAUAAAAGCGCCAAAGUCUGGUGUGAUCGCGAAAGUUCUCUACAAAGAGGGUUCCCAAGCUAACCGAAAUGCUGCCUUGGUAACAUUUGCGGAGGAAGAAAAUUCACAAUGAAUUCAACUUUGUUUAUUUGGACAACCGUGCAUAAAGACAGAGAUUUAGGAAUACCUUACUCUUCAUGUGACUGUCGAAUGAGUUUAGGUGCUCUUACUACAAACUGUUUGGACACUUAUGAAAAGAAAACAUAUUCCUUUAGUUCAGUAUUUUAUAUAAUUCUGAACUACAACAAUAAAUGGUACUUGUACACUGAACAAAAA